CUUUGCUGCCCCAGCUGUUUCACGUCACACUGUUCCCUUUACUGAACAGUUUGAUGGGGCAUCGGGCGGAUGACAGCGGGAACAGUUGUGAUCACUGGCGGAAUCCUAGCUACGGUCAUUCUCCUCUGCAUCAUCGCCGUCCUGUGCUACUGUAGACUCCAGUAUUACUGCUGCAAGAAGAGCAGAGCCGAGGAUGCAGACGAGGAGGAGGAAGAGCACGACCUGCCCACACACCCCAGAGGCCCCGCCUGCAAUGCCUGCAGCUCCCAAGCCCUGGACGGCCGAGGCGGCCUGGCGCCUCUCACCAGCGAGCCCUGCGGCCACUGCACCACCUGCUCCCCGUACGGCUCCCCCUUCUACAUACGGACGGCUGACAUGGUGCCCAACGGGGGCGGAGGCGAGCGGCUCUCCUUCGCUCCUACGUACUACAAGGAAGGGGGACCCCCGCCCCUCAAGCUGGCAGUGCCCCAGAGUUACCCGGUGACGUGGCCGGGCUCGGGGCGUGAGGCCUUCACCAACCCAAGGGCUAUUAGUACAGACGUGUAACCCCGAUCCCCCCUGACCCCUCCGCGUACCGAUGCUGCCGCCCCAGCGGAACCAUGGGGGCGGCAGAUGGUCCCUUCCACAGCCCACGAGGACUGUCUCCGUUUUUUGUUUGUUCGUUUUGUUUUUGGCUUUUCUUGCCCCACAGUGGAAUUCAAGCUAUUGAGUGCAGGGAGAACGAGGGCAGGGCCCGCCCUCGGGGCGCAGAGGUGGGGGCUGGAGGGUGGAGCCCUGGCUUUGCGCGCUUCUGGGCUGAGACGGUCUUUGCGGGCUCGUAACCGCUCGUGCUCCCCUCGCUCCCCCAGCUUGGCCGCACUGCGGGAGGAGGAGCACCACGAAAGCUGAGCAAAGACCCCGGAGGCCUCCGGGCUCCUUGGGGGGAUGGACGAAGGGGGCCCAGGGCCCGGGGAGAGGUGAGCAGGCAGGCCCUGCAGAGCCCGAGGAGGGAGAGGGAGGUGUUCCGGGGCCCUCCGCAGGCCCGUGCACUAUGAGGAAUCCAAGAACCAGUUCAGAGCCGCGUUUUGUGUUUGGUCAUCACGGGGGCCGCAGUCUGUGCAUCCGCUCCAAUAAUGGGUAUAGAUUCCGGAACUCGCUACAUCUGUACCCACGCCCUGCCUCCUGGAACACCUUGAGUUGACUUUAAAGGUCACGGCAUAAGGUUAUUUGCGGGGGGUGCACCGAAAAGGUGAUGUCUAGCCUUGUCUCCCUGCAGAUCCUCGUUCUCGGCCUCGGGGACCAGCUGCCCCUGCUGGAGAACCCGGUUCAAAGUUUUGCUACUGAGUUUGAGCAGCUUAGCAAAUGAGACCUUCUUGAUGAUAGUCUCUGGGGUCCCAGCCCACCACUGAGCAGGGCGUGUGGGAACAGUGCUGCAAGGGUGUGUGUGUGUUUGUGUGUGUGUGUGUGUGUGUGUGUCCGUGUCCUCCGCCAGCACACAUCACACACCAGGGGCUUUGCCACCUUUGGGAGCUGCAGAGCGGAAAGGUGUCUGAUGUUCCGGCUGGAACGGAAGCACUGGCCUGCACACAGGAGUGCAAGGUGAUUAAGGUGGCCAGUCCCCAGGGCACAGCUGGCGGGUGUGGGCAGAGCCUGCAGAGCCUCCCGGGGACGGUUCCCUGGUUGCUGGCUUCCCUCGAUUCUGUGCUGGCUUCCCUCCCACUGCUGAUCCCCCACCCUCACCCCUGGCUAGGGGGGGUGCUGCCCCACUCCCCACUUAGAACUCUGCUGUGGCCUUAUGCCAUUUGAGGGAAAGUACCUGAUGGGUUUUCCUGGUUUCCUCUACAGUGAGGGGUGGCUGCACCCCC